AUAUGUCAAAAGUCAAAUUUUUAAAUAACAAGGGAUGAGGGUGAGUAAUGAUUAAUGUGUUGUGUACUACAUUAAAAGCUGUUAAUUCAAUAAUUUGUGUUAAAGAGCUUUGCGAAGUGAUUUGCUAACACUUGAAGUGUUAGAAUAAUCAAUAUUAACAUGGAAACAAAAAAUAAUUUCUGGUGGUUAAAAUCGCCUGCAAAUGUUCAAGAUAAGGAAGGAAAUUCGUUGGUUCCUAAGUUGGAUUUAAAUUCCACCUCUAUAGUCGAUUUAUUAGAUGACAAAAACAGUAAUUUUGAUUCAGAUGUAGAUGUAGGUAGUAUUAUUGAAGAAAUAAAUAGAGUUGCAGCUCAAAGUCCCUUAGGCCCCUUUGAAAGAUCAGUUAGCGGUAGAAGUGUUGAUGAUCUAAUAAAAGAAGCAGAGAAAAUUUACCAUGAAAGUUCUAAAAGCUUUGAUCAAUUAAGCCAAAAAAGUAAAACGUCCCAAAAUUUAUCCGAUUUAUUAUCAAAUCUUUCUAGAGAUUCUACACCUACACCAAAGAGUGUAAGUCCUUUACCAAUGGACCCUGAUCCACACAAGUCAAGUGUUUCUGAUGAUGAUUAUACAGAAGAUUUUUCAGAAGAAAGUAGAAUAGAAUCUGCCAAUAUAUCUCCUACCAAUACAAAAUUUAAGCCUCUAGAGUUGGAGGUAAUUAACUAUAAGGAGAAUACAAAGAUAAUAAAAUUUGAUAAUAAAGAAAAUAUUGGGAUCUUAGGAACUGAUAAUAAAAAAAAUAUGGAGACAUUAAAAUUGGACAAUAAAGAGGAUAGUUAUAUAAUAAAAGAACCAUCUGAAAAUGAUAAUUUGAGUUCUGAUUUACAUAAUCAAAAGAUCUUAUCUUUAUCAAAAUCUCAGUCUUUGAAUACAAUUAGCGAUCCUAACAUUAAAAAAAAAGUUGUGAAGAGCCAAUCAGAGAUGACCAAUUUGGGAAAAAAUGUAUUUUCACUCAAUACGCCUGUUCAGAACUGUGAGGAACAGUACAACGAGUAUGAAGAAAAAUUAUACAAAUACAAUGAAGAUGUAGAGACAAAACAACACUUGAUUGAAACUUUGGAAAAGACUAAUGAUGUUUUAAAGCUGGAACUGCAAGAUAUUAAGAUGGAACUUAAAAAAACCCAACUUUCUAUGGAACAAGCUAAACUUGGUCUAGUUUCUAAAAAAUCAUCUCCAGAAAUAAACCAGGAAUUGGAAAGAGCUAAGGAAGAUUUAAAAGAUUCUAAAGAGAAAAAUACUUCUUUACAACUUCAACUUGAUACUGUCAAUAAAAGUCACCAGCUUCUAAAAACUUCAUUUGAUGAUCUAUUACAUUCAAAUAAAAACCUGGAACGACGUUUAAUAGAAUUAGAUUGUAGCUUAGAUAAAUACAAAAAUGAAAUUUUAACUUUGCAACAAUUAAAAGAUAAGUUGAUUGAAAAUGAAGCUAACUUAAAUAAAUUGUUAGAAAUAGAAAAACUGCAGAGUAAAAGUAUUAAGUUGCAGAAUGAAAAAGAUGCAAAAUGUAUUCAAGAUCUUAAUAGACAAAUUAAAGAAAUGGAACGCAUUGUGGCAAGAAAACAUCCAGAUUCUGUAUCUGCUCUAAUUGUAGCUGCAAAAGAAAAUGCUACAGAUACCAACUUAACAGCUAGAAAAAUCUUAGAAAAUAGAAUAAAAUCUUUAGAACAAGAACAGCAAACCAGAGAAAGCCAGUCUUCCAAAGUUUUUGUUGAAAUACAGGAAAAGUUUAACCAAAUGAAAUUGAAGUACGAAAAUCAUAUUGAAGAUUUAGAAUUACAUGUUAAAGAUUUGAAAAAUCAGUUAAAAAGAAAAGGCGAUACUUAUGAUGUUUAUACUCAAACUCAUAUUGAUGAUAAGAUACCUCAAAAGGAAACUUUUACAACAUUUACACAAACUGAUCCUGCCCCUGUACUUUUACCUACACCUACACCUCCUCCUUCAAAGCCUCAAAAGUCACUUGCAACAAAAAAGAAUGAAGAUUCUUACCUAAUUGCCACCAUACGGGGCCUUCAAACUGAUCUAACAAACAAAGAAAAAGUUAUAAAUCGGCUACAAAAAGAAAUUGAUGACUUAAAAAAGACCAAUAGAAGAUUGCAAAAAGAAAGGGAAGGGAGUUUGAAAAAUUUAAUUGAUAAAAAAGAAUUCAAGAGUUUUCCUGAUAAGUUAUCACUGCAAGCAAGGUCAAAUAGUUGCAGUUCUGAAAAAGAUUUUGGGAAAGAAGAGCGCAUUCUUAAUAUAACAAGUGAAAGAGAUAAACUGAAAUCGAAGUUAAAUAAAUUACAAGAUGAAUAUCAGUCUUUACAGAGCAAGAGAAUUCAAGAUUUGACUUCACUCCAGCAGGCUCAUGAAGAAGAAGUUGCUAAUUACAUUGCCAGCAUAAGUCCAUUAAGGGAACAAUUGGAAAUUAAUCAAUUAUCGGUAUCCUCCUUGCAAUCUCAACUUACUUCAGCUGAAGAAGAACUAGCAAUUGUUAGAGUAGAAAGAGAUCAUUUGAGUAAUAGAUUGAAUUUGCCAUCUGGUACUGCAAAUGUUGGGGACAGUAAAGUGGAAGGAACAUCUUUGUUGCAAAAGAUUGGGUAUUUGGAGAAACAGUAUGUAGAUAGAGAAUAUCGUCUAAGAACUAUGAUCCAAAAUUUGGCCCAAAAAAGCUUUGGGAACAGAAGCUGUGAACAGUGUUCAGAAAGACAACAACAGUUGAUUACUUACAAAGCAGAAUUAGACCAGUUAAUGCCUUCCGUCCAAGCAUUACAAUAAUGCAAUUAUUAUUCCAAGUGCUUUUAAAAGUUAAUCUUUUAAUAAGACUUUUGCAUUUGUUGCCAUAUUUGGCAAUUAAUUUGUUUUCUAUUUCAAUAGUUUGAAUGCUGGGUACAGUUUGAUAAGGAAAAUACUUUCUAAUAUUUUGCAGAGUGUACCAAUAAUAAUAGCCAAGUUUAUUUCUAGAAGUAUAGGAGAAAAGCAAAGCUUUGUUAGACAGUGUGUAGAUACAUUCCUAAAAGAUAAAGACAUCCAGUUUUGAAAUCAACAUUUUGUAACAUAUACUGAUUUAUUUCAAACUUAAUAUUAUUUAAAAAUUGCCCUUCGAGUAGGACAAUCUGUAUUUUAUAAUUAGAAAUAAAUGUGGAUGUAACAAAUUUUUAUACUGGACGAAAUUAAUCACCAAAUAUCUAAAAAUAUGGUAUGCGUUUGUCCAUGAGUAUCCAUAAUUUAUUACUGUAUAUGUGAAACGCAAUGUCAAUUUUAAGUAAAAUUUAUUUUUCUUAAACGAUUUUUUACAAUCUCUUUGUAUGCUACUAAUUAAUAUUUAUAGAAAAUUGUGAAGAUAAAAUUGUCCUUAGUCCAUAAAAUAAAUUGCUAUAGUUUUGGAUUUAAUUGAGAAAAAAUAAUCAAAUAUUACCUAUAUUCCGAUUUAUAAAUGAACAUUUUUUAAAUCAAAUUAUUUAAUUUUCGUGUUAAACAUAGUUUCAUUUUAUUGAAAUUAUUUUGAUAUAACCCUUGACAAAAAUAAUGUAAUUUUUGUUUAAAAUUAAUUUAUUUAGUAAAUUUUUAGAAAAAGUCUUGUGAUAGAAAUUUUGAAUGUAGUAAUUUAGACAACUGUUGAUAAGUUAUUGUCCAAUUAAUGUUCAUUCCAAAAAUAUUCAGUAUUGAAAUUGUUGAUAUAUUGAAAGAAAGUAGAAUGGAAAAAUAUAUAAAUGUGCGUUUUGUCCAAAAAUUAUUAAAACUGAAUGUGUGUUUACUGAAAGUCAUUAUAAUUGUAAUAUGAAUUAUCAGGAUUAGGCAUAUCUGUCAGAACCUCUAAUCAUGGCUAAAAUAAUAGUUUCAUCAAAAAAUAUUUUGGUUAUUGCGGUUGUAGUAAUUUUAGUUCUUUAAUACUGUUAAAUGACAAAUUCACCAUUUUUGUAUAUUUUUCUAGAGAGCUGAAAUUAAGUUUUGUACCAAAUACUGUGUGUAUAUCAUAUUUUUAAAACCGAAAAAACGUUUUCACACACAUUGGUAACAUGAUAAUAUAAAAAUAGUGAUUAUUUUACAAAACUACCAACUACUCCCAAAUUUCCAAAAUAUGAUACCUUAAUAAAUGAGAAUCCAUAUUCAUCGUUCAAUGGCGCAGAAAAAUUAAAGAAACUUUUAAUAAAACUAUUAAUUUAAUCAGAAAUUGAGUGUUCUGAGACGUACACCCAAUUCUGUAUAAAAUGAAUAAAAAUUAUUGUUAACUUUUUAGGAAAUUAUCAGUUAUAUAUUUUUAUGUAACUAAUUUUUAGUUAUUUUUAAUUACCUGUUUAAAAAUUCGAUGUAUUCCAGUUUUUGAAUAUUUAGUUUAAACGUUGGUUUUUACAGGAAAACAGAAAAAUAUUUAAAUAAUAUCAGUUUAAAAUGUUUGAAUAUUUUAUAGUUAUUUAUAAAAUUGUACACCAAUAUGAUAUUAUUAUUAUUAUUUAUUAUUUGUAAUGUAAGAACAUUCCUAAACAGUUGUAUAUUGAUAUACUCAGGAAGUAUUAAAUAAUAUUGGCCCAUUUUAAUAGAGAACGCACUUUAAACCUAAACAUACGGUAUUCAUCCAACGAGAGACAUAGACUUAUUGUAUCAAAAGGCCAUCCAGCCCUCUGCCAUCAAUCGUUUUUAAUAUUCUAGUUUUAUUCCUACUGAGUACACAUUUUAUCCCAUGAGAACAAUUAUGCCAAAAAGGGCGCUUUUUGAAAUUAAGGAUGUAGAAGUUUCUUUAUUGGACAUGUUUUUAUGAUCCAUAUUUAAAAAAAAUGUAUGUACAUUUUUUACAUUAAUUCAAAAUCACACUACUGAUACACAAAGGUGCAAUUGAAUUUAAAAAAUUUGUAUCUACUAAUUUUUUGUACAUUUAUGAUGAUUUAGCGAUUUUAGGUGAAGGUUGUGGUUGAUGUAAGUAGGUGCACGACAGAGAUAACAGGAGAUAUAGUUAUUCAUUGAUAAAAUAUAAUAUUCGUGAUGCCGACAUCGAUCCCACAGAUUAAAUAAUAAUAAUAAUACUCUCCCUAAUUCACCCCCUUACGAGUGAAUUUCAACCCCUGAAGUCGACUGAACGACUUGUGUAGAGGAAGGGACGGCUAUUAUUAUUAUUUGCCGUGGCGCUCCGGGGCGACUUAAAGAUGAUUGAUGGUGCCAUUUGACUUACAGGUGAGGAAAAUCUCACCCACCAUCAUCGAGACGGUAAUGCAUGGCGAUUUUUUAAUCUGCAUGUCAUAUCAACAGAAAUUGAAUUUCUAUUAAUACGGCACACAUCAAAUCCUAAACCGAACCAUGCAAUUUAAUUAAAAAUCCACAUGGUCUGGUCUGGGAUUCGAAGCCCAGCAGUCUCAGACUCAUAAACUUGCCUAUAAAUGAAUAUAAGACCGCUACACUACCGACCCGAAAUAAUUCGAUACGGUCCAGUUAAAGAUCAGGAGUGAAGAGACAUGUGGUGUGAGGUGUGGAAAGGGAUAAACAACGAUUUGACGGCGGUACAAAACAAUUGUAUAUUAUGUGUAAGCCUGUUUAAUGUUAACAGGUCUGUCGGCUCAGUAGUCAUUUCCUGUUUUCAAAAUCACUGCCAUUACUUGUGUGAAUGCUCGGAUGAAGUUUCUUCUAGCGGCUAGCGUGGUAGACAGAAAACAUUCUCUCGAGACAAAUCGUAUCGUCAUACGGUUGUACAAGAAAUUUAAAUUGUUUAAUCUAUUUUCUGCAUUUAAAAUAAAAACUGUUUUUAUAAAACUGCUGAAAUAAUUAUUAAUUUAAAUUAGACACAGUCCACAAUGAGCCAAGAAUAAACAAAGCCGUUGUACGCCUAUAAUAACAAAAUGCAAGCCGUGUUGCCACAUUUAGUACAAAGUACUUUAUAUCCAACUCAACAUUAACUAGGCUUUGGAAUUUAUUGAAAAUUAUUACAUCUAAUUUAAUGAAAUUACAUCUAAUGUAGUUAAAUUUAAUAUAACUAAUGAUUUUUUUUUGGGUUCAGUUGCAAUAAAAUAGGUGGAAUUAUUUUAGCUUUUUUAAGAUAAGUAAAUAAUUUUGUAAACAAAACGAGAAUUAAAUAGGCAUGUCAAUAGCGGUGUUCCUUAGAAUGUUUUAUUCACGACGGCACAAUAUUUGUUUGUAGUUACAUCUCCUGUUAUUUCUAAUGUACGUGCUAUAGUCCCUUAUAUGAUUACAAAAAGGGGUACGUCGGGUUUUUUGCUUGCUGUUGUAGUUUGGUACAUGUGAGUAGGGUGAACAUGUACUGUGUAUCGGUGGUGGGAGCGGUCAUGUGACCUGUGAAAAGUCAAGUUGCUUAUCGAUGGAUUUUUUCGUCUUUUGCUGGUAAUGAAAUAAUAUGCUUCUAGGCGUCAGUAACAAUAAAAUAUCCUUUUGCAAGCAUUUUCUGUCUUUCAGUUUUGAUACUUCCAGUGUAGGAAUUUCAACGAAAUUCGGGAUAUAGCCUAAAUGCUUUUUUUUAAUAUAAGAUGAUAUUGCAAGCAAUUUUUGUGUCUGCAACAGGGUUGAUGUGCAAACAAAACUUGAAAUAGGUGUAAAAUCGUAACCAAAAGUCGAAAAAUGGUUUAAUUGCUCUCAAAAUAUUUGUAUGAGACUUAACUAAGAGUAUUGUCCAUUCUGUACUUCUACUCCAUUCGCCAUAAAUUAGAUUAAUUUGAUAUUUUUCCUCGAAAACCCAAGGGGAAUGGAAGGUUAAAUGGGAUAAAACUACUGAAAAAAUGCUUGCACGGGUAAUAUACUUAGUUGUAGAAUCAUACAAACAAUUUGAGAGCACUUUUCGACUUUUGGUUCCGAUUUUACACCCCGGAUAUUUCAAGAUUACAA